GAUGGGCGGACAGGGCUGUGAUUAGUGCAGACUCAGUAAGGUGAUAAGGCAAGGCGGGGCGGAGCUGUAGUACUUAAGGCGACGCACGCCACAGCCCUGCCACAUCGCCGCCACUUCUGACCACAGCCAUGGCCGACGCAGCAGCAGAGAAGAAGGUGCUCAUGAUCGACCCCUCGCUGGUGUUCCGGCCCGAGGAGGCGGUGAAGAAGAGCGGCGGGUGGAAAUUCAGGAACUUCGACGAGAAUUCCGAUGACCCGCACCAGGUGACCGUCAGGAACACCUACAUGAAGAUGCACACCAACCAGUGCGUCGAUUAUGUCAAGAGGAAGCACAAGGAGUGGGGACAGUUCAACAAGUUCGAGGCCACGAUCAUGGAAGCCCUGGAAAAGCUCAACAACCUGGUGGACGAGAGUGACCCUGACGUUACGGUGCCCAACAUCGUCCACGCCUUCCAGACAGCCGAGCGACUGCGAGAGGCUCACCCGGACAAGGACUGGCUACACCUCACUGGCCUCAUUCACGACUUAGGCAAGGUGAUGGCGUUCUACGGGGAGCCCCAGUGGUCAACAGUCGGGGACACCUUCCUGGUUGGGUGUGAGUUUGCGCAGUCCAUCGUGUAUCGCGACUCAACCUUCCACAACAACCCAGAUCUCAAUAACCCCAAGUUCAACACCAAGUAUGGAAUGUACGAACCCAACUGCGGGCUGGACAAGGUGUACGUGUCUUGGGGCCACGACGAGUACUUAUACCAGGUCCUGAAGCACAACAAGAGCACACUGCCUGAGGAGGGACUGUACAUGAUUAGGUACCACUCGUUCUACCCGUGGCAUACCGGCGGCGACUACUUCCACCUGUGUGACAACAAGGACCUCGAGAUGCUGCCCUGGAUUAAGGAGUUCAACAAGUUUGAUCUGUACACCAAGAAGGAGAAGGUGCCGGAUAUGGACCAGCUGCGGCCUUACUACCAAAGCCUCAUCGACAAGUACUGCCCGGGCAAGCUCAAGUGGUAGAAGGGCACACACUCGUCACUGCACACGGGCCGUAUUCUGAAACGCUUUACUGUCUCACCACGACUAAUUUUGAAAGGCCACAGUAAUUGCCAGCCGGGUUCUCAAAAGUAUUUAUCCUAUUCGUUACAUAGAAGUCUUGUCAAUCUGUCUCUUAGGAACCCAUGUAACGUAACGAGAGGCCUUUGAAAGUAGUGAUGUGGCGCAAAUGUGUUUAAGUAUACGAUCCUUAGUUCAACGAGACGCGACGUGUGUGUGUGUGUGUGUGUGUGUGUGUGUGUGUGUGAAUUAAGGUUAAUAUUGGAACAGCUAUAUGAAGAGGAGAAUCAGACAAGGUGGUUAAGGUCGUUCCCUAUACCAGCUAGUUUAGUAAGACGUGGAGGUGUCUGUAUCUGCGUGUGAGGAGAAAAAAAAAAAAAAAAGAGUUGAAGACUACAAGAGCUAUUUAAAGAAGAGGGUGUGCCUGGUUGAUUUAUAUCUGAUACUAUAAGUAAGAUUGCAAGGGUAGAUUAGUGAGAUAUCAGCAGAUGGAGGAAAAAUUUAGGCUAUAACACAUGAGAAAAUCAGGUCAUAACACUAAUAUGAUAUCACGGAAGGGGCAUCCGCUGCAAAAAAUAAAUAAGUAAAUAAAUAAACAGAAAAUAACUAACAACCAUUCUGCGUGCGUGUUAUGAAAUAUGAAUGUUUAACGAGAAAAUGACUUUGUGAACAUACUUAUGCAUUCGUUAACUAUCUAAAACAGUGGUUCCUGAACGUUUUUUUGGUCGUCAUCCACUUUCAUACAGGAUAUUUGUCCAUGGCCCACCGCCCACUGCUAAGCAUAAUUUAUGACUACAGUUACUACAGUCCUAUACUGAUUACGUCCAUAUAUAAACCACUCUUGCAAAUCCUGUAAUUCUAUUGAUUCCAUGCAUGUACGUAAGUUACCUCCACUGGUUGCCUACACACUAAACUCCAUUGCUUUUAUACACGCAUCAUAGCCUCAGGUUAUGGCCCCUUGCAUUUUGUUAUAUCCCCCAAUUGGGUCAUAGCCCACAGUUUGGAAACCACUGAUGUAAAGAGAAUGGUUGACCACCACGCCCUCCCGUCCACCCCUGCCCUCUUAAAGUGACGAUCUCCCUUCCUCACCUCCGCUUCCUCCUCACCUAUAAUAAUUGUUGGUCGAUUCAUUUUGUUACUACUUAGCUACAUAUUCUGAAACACUGCUCUCACCACGAUCAUUUAGAGUGACUACAGAUGAUCAGUCUAUUUCUCUGUUCUUAUUGUAGAAAAUACUGUUCAUUUGUCACUAAAAACGCAAUUCAAAACCUGUGUAGUUUCAAGUAGAACCUUUUGAGAGUAGCGUAGGUGCGAGCAGAAUUGUUUCAGAAUAUGGUCCUUCCACGUUCCUCUGUGUGUGGUGUGUGGAGCAGCUUCCGGUCCAGUACCAUAGACAUCAAUAAGGUUGUGUAAUGAUUAUCCAUGCCAGUGCGUACUUCCAUGUGUUUGCUUCCCGUACCGCCCGCCGCCUCUAAAAGCUUGUUAACCUGCUGGCUGCGUUCUAGUACAGCAAAGGGUGUGUAGACCAUGUUAUUAUUGUAAGUACAAAAAUACAAUGUCUUUCUAGAAUAUUACUGUAAAGGCAACGUGCAGCAUUGGAAGUGUUGGUCCUAUAUUAGUACAUUUUAUCUACCAUGUUAGCAGUGAUAGUACAAAAUUACAUAAUAAAGAUGUAAUAUUACUUGAGGCAUUUCACCUUUCAGGGGCAAAUUUGCAGAUGAUAACAUUCUAUACCCAGGGACAGUGAAAAGCACAUACGGUUUGCUAUUUUCUGAUAAGCAUGUGGUCAUUAUUGUUUACCCUACACACUACUGCUGCUGCUGCCUCACCACCGCACCACCGCAGCCCCCUAAUCUACAAAUUGUUGAGACACGGUUGAGGUGCAAAUCUACUGAGCGAGUGUGUACAGCAUCUUUUGUUUAUCAGAAAGCUCACCACAGCUACGCACGUACAUGCAUUUGUCUAAGGGAUUAUCUGUAUCGUCUUGGUGGACCAGAACUGAUCUUUGAGACAUGGUGUAGUCUAAUGAUCGUUGUUGUGGCGCCAUGUUUUAGCAGACUAACUCUAUUACGUCUCCUCACUUUUCCUUUUCUUUUCUCUCUUUUUUUCUCUUGUAAACUCAGUGAACAAUGAAGUAUCAACGCCAAUUUUGUGGUUGUAACAAAAAACUAAUAAAAAGUAAGGGAAUCAGUGAUGUAGGGCUAAGAUGUAAACGCAGAAUUCUCAUAACAUUCUCAGCAAUAUUGACUUCUCCGAUGCACUUCUCUUGAAACAAUGAUACGAGAAUGGUAACAUAAACAUAUAUGUAUAUUCAGGUAUAACGUGAAUGCAAUAUUUAUCGAAUGUGAAUACCAAACCACGUCAUAUUCGUGUAUAAGAUAACUUAGUAAUGUCCGAGGAGCUUUGAUAACUGAACUACUUGUUGAACCAUCGGCGAGUAUUGAGCGUUCACUGUUUCACUGUUUUAUGGUAAUUGAACUUUGAAUUGUCGAGUACAACGUAGUGUUGUAUAUUGCAAAUAAACAGCACAUUGUGUAAAAAAAUUAAUGAA